UUUUCGCUGUCGAAGAGAUUUCGUGAAUUUUGUAAUUUUGAAUUUAUCUGGAAGAAUUAUUCAAUAACUAUUGUAAUUCUGUUGAAAAUUUUCAAAUGAACUUAUUAUGCACGCUGUGUAAUGUUAUAAAAAUAUCAUUUGUAUGGGACAUUUUAUUAAUAAAUCACUUUUUUGUGAAUUAGUGACUACUGACUGGAUGAAGCUGUGUUGUUUUGAAUUUAUCAUGUGUUUAUAAAAAUACCUAAUAGAAAUAAUAAUUAAGUGAUCCAAAGAUCAAAACUCGACCAUGGUUUUCGAAUCAAUAGUUGUAGAUGUACUGAACAGGUUUCUUGGAAAUUACGUCGAAAAUUUGAACAGAUCUCAAUUAAAACUCGGGAUUUGGGGCGGUGACGUAGUACUUGAAAAUCUAAUACUAAAACAAAAUGCCCUGGAGGAACUCAACAUACCUGUUCAAACUGUUUAUGGCCACUUAGGAAAGCUUGUACUAAAAAUACCAUGGAAAAAUCUAUAUGGUGCAUCUGUGGAAGCAACUAUAGAACGGUUGUUUCUUAUUGUAAACCCCACCGCUGAAGUUAAAUAUGAUCCUGAAAAAGAGGAGAAAAUGGCGCUGGCAGCUAAACAAGCAGAGCUCGCUAGAGUUGAAGAAGCUAAGAAGAAAGAGGCAGAAAAGGAUGAUAAAUUGGAUGAGACGUUUGUUGAAAAAUUAGUAACGCAGAUUAUUAAGAAUGUCCAGCUUAAAAUAAGCGAUAUCCACGUAAGAUACGAGGACAGCAUAACAAAUCCUAAAGCGCCUUUCUCGUUUGGUAUAACCCUACACAAUCUGUCCGUCCACACAACAGACGAAAAUUGGAAGCAAACUGUCAUACAAGAAGCUGUAACCAAGAUUUUCAAAAUUUUAAGCUUGGAAGGCUUAGCUAUUUAUUGGAAUCCUGCCACCGAAUUGUAUUCAAAGAAUGAUGUUGAACAAAUUAAAAAGAGACUACAGGGAGAGAUUGCUACAAAAUCCUCAAAGCCAUCAUCUUAUAAAUAUGCAUUGGGUCCUAUAAAUGCAACAGCCAAAUUAAAAUUGAAUCCCAAACCCGAAGGCGACUUUCCAAAGUUUAGUAUACCAAAGGUGAUUCUUACUCUGCAUAUGGAGCAACUAGCAGUCAGUCUUACAAAAUUGCAGUACCAAGAUAUGAUGCUCUUAGCAGAUUCUAUGGACAGAAUGAGUAAAGGCGCACCAUACAGAAAAUACAGACCCAAUCUGAACAUAUACAAAGGUCACUACAAAGCCUGGUGGCAUUUUGCGUUCAAAUGUAUUCUAGAAGAAGAGGUUAAAAGAAGGCGACGAAAUUGGGACUGGAACCACAUGUUGGCUCAUAGGCAAUUAUGUAAAGAUUACGCGUCUGCUUACCAAUGUAAGCUUAGCAACAAAGGUAAAGUAUCCGCAGAAAACAAAUGCGUGCUUGACGAGGCAGAGAAAACACUGGACCUCUUCAACUUGGUUGUCAUCCGACAGAGGAUAGAAAUGGAGGUGGAGAGGCUGGGUAAAUUGGAGGAAGAGGCGAAAAAAUCCCGCGGAUGGUUCAGUGGCUGGUGGUCGGGCGGCUCUGCCAAAGACGAUGAACUUUCAGAAGGCGUUGCUAUAAUGAAACAAUUCGAGAAAGCAAUGACGCCAGAAGAAAAAGAGAAACUUUUCCGCGCAAUCGACUACCAAGAGAACACGGCCCCGCUACAUUUGCCCACGGAAUACGUCGCCGUGGAAGGAUACUUCCGUCUAGACAAACUACAAGUCUCAGUCAACGACCUUGUUGAAGUUUUGCGAGCUUGCGUCGAGAACGUUGAAGUUGAUAUGAAACAGAGACCCAGUGCUAAUGCUUUGAGAGUGGAUGUUCAAAUGCGUGCGUUUACGGUAACUGGAAAAUGUCAAGGUGACUUCGAGCCCCAAUUAGUAACAUCGAAAGAAGUGUCAAAGGACGUCAAUCUUUUGAAUGUGCUAUUUGAAACAAACCCGUUAGACGGUGCAUGCGAUCAGCGCGUCAGAGUGCAAGCACGUCCUCUUCAAAUAGUAUACGACGCACAAACGGUCAUCGAAAUUGUCAAUGUAUUCAAGCCACCUACAGAAUCCACUGCUUUGACUACUUUACAAGCGGUAGCGGAGAAUAAGCUGUCAGACUUGAAAGAAAAAUCCACACUGGGCAUGCAGUACGCGGUCCAUCAUCACACGUUUAUUGAAUUGGACGUGGACAUUGCUGCGUCGUUCAUCAUUAUUCCAAAAACCGGCAUGUACAAGGGAGAGGAAGCGUGCGCAGUAGUGAAGUUGGGUGCGAUCAGUGUGAAGUCGGCGCCUCGCGCGGAGCCGCUCGAUGUCCACGCUCUGCAUCGCCAAGGCUUGCCCGAACAAGAGAUACUGCAGGAGAUCGCCAAGCACAGCUACGACCGCAUGGCGCUCCGACUCACCGAGAUGCAGAUCGUUAUUGCUUCUCCAAAAGAAGAUUGGCAUUCCGCGAUAGCUUCCAAUGAAGCGACACCCUUACAUUUACUGCAACCCACCAACCUAGUCAUUCAAAUUCACAAAUGCCUUAUAACCGACGACCCGAGGUUGCCAAAAAUUAAGAUUAUGGGCGAAUUGCAAAAAAUUGCCGUCAGUGUAUCGGAGGAUAGGUUACUUACUUUAUGUGAAAUAUUAGUGAGCAUGCCUUUACCACAAUCACAAGAAGCUACCCAAUUGAAGCCGAGUGAUUCAAAGGCAUCCAGUCUAUCACUUUUAAAAUACCUAGAUCCAGUAGAGAAACAAAAAAGGGACACAGCACGAUCUAAACAAAGAAAAGAUUCGGAACACACUGUGCAAUUGACUGAGGUUGAAGCGUUCUUUAUCAUGAAAGAACUGAUAGUAAGCGUCAACAGAAAAACAGUACAUGCAACGCAAGACGAUAAGUUUUUGGUAUUCUCUCUGAAUCUCCUAGAGAUUACAGCCACACAAAAAACGUUUACCCUAGAAGCGAAUGUAAGGCUCGGUUCCGUAGACAUGCAACACCAUAGAGCGGGACGGAAGAUCAUCAAUAUGAUAGAGACACCGGAGUUGACGACAGAUGUUGAUGCGUCGGACAGUCCAGUGUUGACGACUGCAUCCGUCAACCAGUAUUUGUUCGCUGUCACGUAUAGCAAUGUGGAUAAAAAAUGUCCGGAGUUUCGAAGUCAUUAUGGCUCAGUGGAACAAAUGAUCGAGUUGGAUUUUACCAGAUUAAAACUUUUGCUGCAUCUUGAAGGUCUACAGGAAAUUUUAGUUGUAGUCAAUGAGUACCAGACGAGGUUACAAUCGAUUCAGAGUACAGUGGAUAGGUACGCGAAUGCGGGACCAUUGGAAACCAUUGCUGAAGAUGAAGAAUUCUCGGUUGCCAAGUCUAAAGCGAGUGUAGCAAAACCCUCACGUCGCAAGCAAGUGGAGAGUAUCCAACUGAAAAUUAACGUUAAGAUCGGAGCUGUGGAGAUCGAAUUCGCGACCGACGUCAGACCGCUGUCCAUAGUGAAGCUGCAGGGCGCCGGCGCUGGACUGAUACUCAAGACGUCUUACACGCAAGUCGACUGUGCCAUCGCCUCCAUAAAGGUGGAAGAUUUGAAUCCUGAAACAGUUCACAAAGAGAUAUUGAAAGUGCUAGGCGGUGACGUGAUCAACGUCCAGAUAGUGUUGUACAACUUGGACCAGUACCCAACAGUCAGUGACGUCAAUAUGUCCAUAGAUGCCCAAAUUAAUUGCCUUCGCAUUGUGUUCCUCAACUGGUUCGUCUCUUCUAUGCUGGAAUUCUUGAACAAUUUCCAAACUGCACAAGCGGCUAUUAUCGAAGCGUCGUCGCAAGCGGCGGAUGCGGCGCGCGCCAACGUGCAGAACGCGUACCAGAACUCCACCAAGCUGUCGCUGCGCGUGCGCCUCGCCGCGCCCAUCAUCAUCGUGCCCGAGAACUCCAGCAGCCUGACCGCCAUGCUGCUCGACCUGGGCCGCAUGAACCUUAGCAACAAGUUCGUCGACGUGCCCGCUAUCGACGUCGAUAACAAAGUAACAGUGGACGAACUAACGCUCGAACUGGAAGACAUGAAAGUAUCGUGCGUGAUGCUAACGGACGAGAACGACUUCCAAGGCGCUGUGCACGAACGCAAGUUGCUGCGUCCCACGAGCUUCAAGCUUUUCGUCAAGCGCAGCCUCUCCUCCUGGUACGAGAGCCUACCCGACUUGGACAUAUCGGGAAGGAUGAAAACUAUUGCCAUUACCGUGGGGCAUAGCGAUUACAAAAGUAUAAUGAAAAUUCUGAACCAAAACCUUCAAGAAGGUCAAACAAAGACGGAAGAAGCCAAAUCUCAGGCAGGCGUGUCCAAAGCAACCUCCAAAGUGCCUAUGAAGAGCCAAACGAGUAGGAUUCAAACUAAAUCGACCGUCACUGUAGUGACGCCAUCGAAGGAACAAACUAAAAUGCCACGAACUACUAUAAAGUUCGCAUUUACGAUGGACAGUUUUGUUAUAGAUCUCAUGAAUACGAGUGACUCGGAGGAUUCAAUGUUAGUAAAAGACGUGGAUCUGGCCCGUUUCUGUUUAGCGUUACUAUCAGUGAAGGGUCGAAUGUUCUCGGACGGUUCCAUACACACUUCAGUGCUACUGGUGGACUGCACUCUUGAUGACACCAGGCCAGGCCGUGGAGCUAAAAUAACGAGGUAUUUAGAAAGGCGACGCGACAAACAAGAAGUAAAGCGUUCCGUGUCAAAUGAAACAGUAGAGAAAAUCAUGGAGACACCCGAAAAGAUACGCAGCAUGAUCGACAUUACUUACACCAUGAAGAACGGUGAUACCUUCGUUGAUAUGAGGAUAUUUAGCUUCAAUCUAAUCCUUGCAAUGGAUUUCCUAAACAAGAUUGCCGAGUUUAUGACUACUGGCUUGAGUGACGCAACGCCAGACUCUGAACCCAUAGAAGAUGUUAAAGCUGUGAAGUUGCAGACUGAAAGGUCUUUGGACAACGUGACCAGAAAAAAGGUGUCCGUGGUGUCAGCGCCUUCAGUGGCGGAGCCGAAGCUGGCGAUGAUGACUGUCAACAUCAAGAUCGAGCAGCCCGACAUCAUACUGGUGGAGUCGCUAGAGCAGAAGGAGUGCGAUGCCCUUGUUCUCAAUAUGGAGAUGCGCCUUAAGCUGCGCAAGACGGAGGAGCGUAUGGUAGCGGACGGCGCAGUGUCCGGGCUGCAGGUGACUGUCCGGCGCCUGGGCGCGCAGCUGUCCGCCGCGCCGCGCUUCCUGCUCGCGCCCGCGCAUCUGUCGCUCGCUCUCUCGCAGCCUCCCGGACAGGGCAUGCAUGUGGACAUCGCUCUCACGGACAUCAAGAUCACUGUGUCGCCGGAAAUUAUCGCGUUACUGAAUCGGGUACUAGCGACGGUCACAAGCAGCGAGGAAGAUUGCGUCGAACAAGAGAACAAACCAAUAUUCUACGACCGUCUGUGGGACAUUAAGCCUUUUAAACCCACCUCAUACUGGUUUUUAAAGACAGAGGAAGCCGUAGAAGCUCUCGAUUUAGAAGAAACACCUGGUCAAGAGGUAGUCAAACCACCAGUGGGAGAGAUAUGCCUUAUGUCGAGCCCAUCUAUAGUGUUGGCUUUGGAAAUGGAGAUCGGUAAUGAAACAAUUCCAGUACUUGUAAUGCAGGCUUCAUUGACUGGUCAAGUUAAGGACUGGAGUUCUGAUUUGUUUAUGGAAACUACGUGGGCAAUGCAAGUGUCGUACUACAACAUUGGGCGUGCCAUGUGGGAGCCUCUCAUAGAGCCAGUAGAGGUACUGAAAGACUCCCAGUACAAACACGUACCGUGGGAGCUCAAAAUGGAGGUGGUAAUGCGUCCACAAGAGAACCAGCUCUCUAUCGAUACUUCGGACGACGCAAACAACAUACAAGCCGUGGCGCAGCGCCAGGCCAGCAAGACCAUCACAGUCUCGAGCAGCGAAACAUUGGAGAUCACGAUCACUCGCAGCGGGAUGGAGGUAUUGACUCAACUGGGCAACUCGUUCUCGGCCGCUGUUGGGGACACUGACACAUCAGUCCUCUCAAAGUCGAAGAUAGACGAUAGUAAACCUGAUAAAAAGUUUUUGGGUGCGCCGUAUGUGUUUCACAACUGUACCGGGCUCACGGUCAAGCUGUCACUUGUGAAUAACAAAGAUUUCUCCGUCUUCCUCACUGAUGAUAUUGACUCCGAUUUCAAAGAAGUCGUAUUAGAGCCUAGCGCUUCUGUUCCCUUGCAACUGAAGCACGGCGGACUUAACAUCAUGAAGCUAAAUGAACCUCCACCACCCCUUAAACUAAACGUUAAGAUCAUGGAAAUGGACGAAGAAAUCACGAUCCCCGUCGAGCGUGCGGACAAGCGCUACUUCCAGAUAGGGCGGCGCCUCACGGCCGACUCGCGCUCCAAGAACGUCUCGCACGCCGCCGCCGUGGAGCCGCGCGGCCUCAUCUCCGACGUCGUCAUGCACGACGCGGCCCUGCACAUAUACCUUAGGAGCAUUGUUCAGGUGUCAAACACGCUGUCGGUGGCGGUGUCGGUAUACUACAUGACGCUGAGCGGCAACGAGGUGCGGCUGCUGGGCGACGUGGCGCCGGGGGACAUCCUCCGGCUGCCGCUGCAGGCUGUGCACACUCCCACUGCGGAGAUAUUUUUCUCUGUCGAAGGUUUCACAGUAUCAGUGUCUCCGUUUGUAUGGCGUGAACUACAACAAGAAGUGAAGUUGUCGAAAUUGCUGCAAUGUGAUUCCAAGGACAAAAACAGUGGAGAGAAAUUCUACCUCAGGGCUGUAGGUACGAUGGAGCAAGUUUUCUUCGAGCAUUCGAAUCGACACACAUUCGCCUCUUCCUGCUACGACAUAGUUCUGAAGCCGGCCGUGAAGCUUCAGAACUGCUUACCGGUCCCCGUUAUUGUAUCUCAACUGGGCCUGCGGCGGACGCAAGUCUUCGAGCCGGGAGAGAUGUUCCAUCUGUCACACCUCUCACCCAAUAGAGCUUCAAUCGUCAUUAUGGUUCAGAACUACCUGGAUAAAUGCUGGGUAUGCACCAAGAACCUACCGGAUGAACUCGAAGAGCUGUCAGUGUGGUCGUUCGAGUCACACGACAGCCCGUCCUUGAUGACGCUAGAGCUGGGCAUGCACAGUGCGGACGUGGAGGGCACACAGAUGUUGUCCCUUUACUGUCCAUUCUGGAUGCUUAACAAGACCGGCUUUACGCUCUGCUAUAGGAUAAAACAUUCUCGUUGCAGUAAAUUUAUUAGACGCCAUACUUCGUGUUUGGCGAAUGUUGACGAAACCGGCAACGUUAUCUUCCAUCCGAAAGACUACAAAGAACCGAUACUAUUUUCAUUCCGUGCAAAGAAUUUCUUCGGGAAGAAGAAGGCUGCGAUCAGAGUCGAAUUCGGAGAGUGGUCGGAUAAGUUUUCAUUGGACGUUCCCGGAAGUUCAGGAGUCGUUACGUGCAAGAAUGAGGGUAGAACUUAUCAGGUGGCAGUGACGAAUCAAUUGACAUUCAACAGUUUAACGAAAAUGGUUAUAUUUACGCCGUUCUUCCUCAUCAUUAAUGAAUGCCCAUUUCCGAUUCAGUACCAAGAGUUUAACAGAUCUGGAGAUCCUUGGCAAGAGGUUGAGCAAAACUCAAGUGCACCACUUUGGCCCGUUGUGGAAAAAGAGGACAAAUUGUUGCUGCUGAGAGUGUCCGGCUCCACAGAAAUAGCAGCACCCUUUCUCUACACUGAGCAACAUUGUGUUUGCCUGAAGCUUAAUAACGAGUAUGGCGGCUUGCACGUGGAGGUGCAGCUCAGCGAAGGCGGCACGUACGUGACGGUGCGUCAGUACCGCGACGGCCACGCGCCCGCGCUGCUCGUCAACUACACGCAGCACAGCAUCACCGUUUACGAGAAAGAAAACGUUAACGUCCGAAAAUUACCUUCCAUGAACCAAAUGUUGUACACUUGGGAAAAUCCUGCGGGUCCACGAAUACUUUUGUUUGAAGGACACAAGCGUAAGGAGAUUGAGAAUGACCUGAGAAAAGAUGGUAUCGGAGAUUUUAUGAUUAACGAAACUCAACGUUUAUGGUGGGUGUCCUUCCUGGACGGACUUCAACGAGUGAUUCUUUUCACCGAUGAUCCAAUUCUAGCGAGCGGAGCGCAUACUAUUGGCGAGGCAGAACCCAUACAUACUGAGUUUGUUCUGGCCAUGCACGGACUUGGACUUUCCCUCGUUAACGAUCCUGAACUCACAGAGAUUCUAUAUGUCAGCAUAUCUAAUUCGGGUAUAAUAUGGGAACAGUGCAAAGUAGGUUCCCGACGAUACAAAAUAAUUGAAGGACUAAAGGCGAUGCAGAUCGAAGAAGCAUAUCAGAAAUACCAAGCUGAGAAAAUGGUUUCCGAUAGCGAUAGUGAGGUGUCACCACGCGUUAAAAUUGAUGACAAGACCGAGGUGGAUUUCGCUAUAAUGAGCAUAAUCCGUCCGCACGAGCGUAUGAUCCGGCGCACGCACUCGCCGGGCGUGUGGGCGGUGCUAGGGCUGACCGCGCACUCGCGGCGCCUGCACGCGCGCCUGUACCGCCUGCAGGUGGACCAGCAACUGCCGCUGCCCACCUUCCCCGUCAUGCUGGCGCCCGUGCCGCCGCCCAAGUCCGUCGCCAACGAUGACCCCGCCGGUACGAAGCCGUUCAUCGAGGUGUCGAUCGUGGAGCGCAUGAUGGAGCACAGCGCGGUGCGGCAGUACAAGUACUACAAGCUGCUGGUGCAGGAGUUCCACGUCAAGCUGGACAUGGGGCUCGUCAACGCGCUCAUGGGCAUGUUCCCGCAGCGCGUGCCCACCGAGCAGGAAGCUUUGGAUGCCUUCCGACUCGAUAUCGAAAAAGCAAGACAACCAUUAGAAGCUCUAGCAGCAAUGGGCGCUGCUUCGGAUAUGAAAAACUUCUAUGACAAUUUACAUCUGUCCCCACUGAAAGUUCACGUGUCAUUUUCAUUGGGCGGAGCGACCCAACUACCUACAUUCGUAGGCACUGUACUUCAGAGUAUAGGCGUUACGUUGACUGAUAUGAACGAUGUUGUAUUCAAGCUGUCAUAUUAUGAAAGGAAUUACGAGUUCUUGUCCCAAAAGGAAUUGAUCGCUCAAGUACAGAGUCACUACACGGGGCAAGCGUUGAAACAGCUAUAUGUGCUCGUGCUCGGCCUCGACGUGAUCGGCAACCCGUACGGGCUGGUUGUUGGACUGAAGAAGGGGGUUGAAGAUCUCUUUUAUGAACCGUUCCAGGGCGCGAUCCAAGGGCCUGGCGAGUUCGCGGAAGGUUUAAUGCUGGGCGUCCGCUCGCUGGUGGGACACACGGUGGGCGGCGCGGCAGGCGCGGUGUCGCGCAUCACCGGCGCCAUGGGACACGGCCUCGCUGCACUGUCGCUGGACAAGGAUUACCAGCGGCGUCGGAGGGAUAACAUCAACAAACCACCGGCUAACUUGCAGGAAGGUCUCGCCAGAAGUGGAAAGGGACUUGUAAUGGGCGUGGUGGAUGGAGUGACAGGCGUGUUCACAAAGCCUUUUGAGGGCGCUCGGGACCAGGGCGUGGAAGGGUUCUUUAAAGGGCUGGGCGUGGGUGCCGUAGGGCUCGUGGCGCGACCUACGGCAGGCGUCGUUGAUUUCGCUUCGGGAUCGUUCGAUGCCGUCAAAAGGGCGGCGGACCUGUCGGAAGAGGUGACGAAGCGCAGGGCGGCGCGUUACCUGGCGCCCGACGCCGGCGUGCGGCCCUACUCCCGCCUGCAGGCUGAGGGCUACAAGAUGCUGUUCGAGCUAGAAAAGGGUAAAUUCGUCAGCACCGAUACGUACGAGGCGCACGUGUGGGUGAUCCCGGGCAAGGAGGUGGUCAUGUGCACGGACAAAAGGCUGCUUUACCUCGAGAAGAAUAACGUUUUCGGCGGAUGGCAGAUCGUGUGGACGUACCUGUGGUCGGAGAUACCCGAGGUGCCGACGGCGGUCGCGAAAGGCGUGUACAUCCCGACCGCCAAGAGGAAGGUGCUGGGCAUGUUCCCCAGCUCGGGCUCGGGCAAAGUGGUGUUCCUGUACGACGAGCAGCAGAAGCGCUUCCUGCUCGCGCAGUGCGAGCGCCUCAUGCGCCCGCGUUGACACGAGCCCGUAGAAAGGAUGACCGCGGCCGACUGGCUGGGGGAGUUCUUUCUACUUAUAUUCGAUUGUCGCACCGCGCUGCUUGCUGUCGCCUAUCACCUUAACAUGCACCACUUGAAUCCGAAAGGCUUUCGCUAAG